CGCGCCAGCAUAACCCGGUGGGCUUCAAACAGAUUGCUGGGCACCAACCCCAGAGUUUCUGAACCAGUAAGCCUGGGGUGAGGCCCGAGAAUUUGCAUUUCUAAGAAGUUCCCAGGUGUCAUGAAGCUGCUGCCACAGAUCCAAGGAUUGCACUUUGAAGGUUGCUACAUCAGGAUAACUACCAGGAACCACACUUGGACCACGCCCCGUUGAGACCAAUUGCUGCUGGUGCUUCCUGAUCCGGGCAUUGGGCGAGACCCUCUCAGCCAAUCAUCGGACAGACACUGGUCACGCCCCUGGUUCCUCUCCAGCCUGUCUCAUGACGUCAUCCUACAGCGCCGGAAGCGGUGCAGCACCGAGGGGUAACAUGAAUUUGUCGAUCUCCGCUGUCUGGAGCUGACUCGAGUCCUGUCAUUAUCCCACUUCACAGAGUCAUGAUGCGGGUGUGCUGGUUGGUGAGACAGGACAGCCGGCACCAGCGAAUCCAGCUACCGCAUUUGGAAACAGUUGUGGUUGGGCGCAGCCCGGAGACCCAGAUCACUGACAAGAAAUGUUCUCGACAGCAAGUACAGUUGAAAGCAGAGUGUAACAAAGGAUAUGUCAAGGUAAAGCAGGUAGGGGUCAAUCCCACCAGCAUUGACUCAGUCAUAAUUGGGAAGGACCAAGAGGUGAAGCUGCAGCCUGGCCAGGUUCUCCACAUGGUGAAUGAACUUUAUCCGUAUAUUGUAGAGUUUGAGGAAGAGGCAAAGAGUCCUGGCCUGGAAAAGCACAGGAAGAGAAAGAGGUCAGGCAGCAGUGACUCUAUAGAGAGAGAUGCUGCCCAGGAAGCUGAGCCCAGUACAGGACUGGAACCUGCAAGCGACCCAAGCCAAUGCUCUGUGCCCCCAAGUAAGGGGACAGCUGCAUCUACCAGAAAGGAAUCAUUGGGCCACUGGAGUCAAGGCUUGAAGAUUUCUAUGCAGGACCCCAAAAUGCAGGUUUACAAAGAUGAGCAGGUGGUGGUGAUUAAGGAUAAAUACCCCAAGGCUCGUCACCACUGGCUGGUCUUACCAUGGGCCUCCAUUUCCAGUCUGAAGGCUGUGACCAGGGAACACCUUGAGCUCCUGAAACAUAUGCAUACUGUAGGGGAGAAGGUGAUUGCUGAUGUUGCUGGGUCCAGCAAACUGCGCUUCCGAUUGGGCUACCACGCCAUUCCUAGCAUGAGGAGGGUGCAGCGCACAGUGGCCCAUGUGGGGAUCGAACCAGCAACCUUGGUGUUAUCAGCACCACACUCUAACCAACUGAGCUAACUGGCCACAAGUAUGGUUCUUUUAUCAUGUAAUACAGUUAGAUUUGUAACUGCUUAUAUUUCAUUUUAGAUUCUCACAUGUACUGGUUGGUUUUGAUUAUUUACUGGGGGAAUAUGAAGUAUUACUGAUUGUAAGAGUCAAAGCGUUACACAAAGGCAUCCUACUUGGUUUAACAAGUCCAAAAGACAACUCUUGAUUUUCUUCUCCAAACCUGCUUUGCCCCUAAACUUCUCCAUCUCAGUAGAUGGUACUUCCCCAAACCCAUAUCCAAUCCAUUAGUAAGUUGUGUCAGUUCUAUUCCAAAAUAUAUUCAAAAUUGGAUUGCUUCUUGUCAUCUCAGCUGCUAUAACUCUAGUCUGUGAUUAUUUCUGGCCUGUACUGCUGCAGCAGCCCCCCUGCUGGUCUCUGUAUCCAUCCGUACCCUCUCUACAGUCCUUUUUCCACGUAGCAGCUAGAGUCCUCUUUUAAAAGUAUUAAUCAGAUAAUAGCACUCCCCUGCUUAUAAUCCUUCAGUGGCUCCCCAAGGUAAUCAGAAUAUAAUGCAGACCCCUUGCCGACCUAUAAGACCCUUUGUGAUCUGCCUCCUACCUAGUCUCUGCUCCUUGGCUCCUACCAUUCUGCCCAUAUUACCUUCUUUCUGUUCAGUAGUUGUACUAAGCUCUUUCUCAUCUCAGGGCCUUUGCACUUGGCUUUCCCUGAAAACCCUCACUAGUUAAAGAGCAACCUCUACCCCCUGGGCACUCUCAUCACAUUUCCGUAUUUUUUUCUUAGCAAUGUUAAUUAUUUGAUUUUUCCUUGUUUGUUUGUUAUAUUUUAUUUGUCUCCCCUCAUUAGAAUAUAAUUUCUAUAAGGGCAGAGGUCUUUUCCAUUUUGUUCACUGUUAAAUUCCCAGUGCUAGAAUAGUGCUUGGCCCUACCAGGUACUUACUGAGCAGUAAAUAUUCUUAAGUGAAUGAAUUAACUGAAUUAAGUGGAAACACUGUCAAUAUUUUACAUACCCAUGCUUUUACUGUUUGUCAUUUUGAUUAAGCCUUACUUUUUAAUGGAUUUAAUCAUCAGUUGUUUUCCCCUC